CCCCCCAAAAAAAUCGAUAUAUUUUUUUAAAAAAAUCGUGAGCCACGGAACCACUGAGCCAUCGUUUUCUUCGGAGCAGCUGAGGGGGACAACAAAAGGCACCAGGGUUGACGGCAGGGACCAGCUGAGUUGGCCCUCCUUUCCCAUCGCACCUUCAGCUGGCUAGAACCCCCGCCUCCGCGCCCCCGACAUAUUCACACACACACACGGAGGAGGAGUUGCCGCCAAUGUUACGCCGUGUGAAGGUCGUUUUCGUAUGGUAUCAUCUUCCGCUCAGUCUCUCCCCAGCCUCGCCACGGCAGUUUGACGUAUAGGGUCUCUCUCUCGCUCUCUCUGUAAUUUUUUUGGGGGGGGGAGGUGGUGGUUUUCUUUUCUUUUCCCCAGCCCAGUUUUGCUCCUUCUCUGCUCCACCGGUUCUGUUGCCGAGAGAGACGGCUUGAGACGGGGAGAGCUGGCGCUUCUAACAAAGGACACGGCAGAAAAGAAGACGAAGAAAAUAAGGCGGGGGGUGGGGGGAGAGACCCAGAAGGAGGGCCGCCGCCGAGACACCUUGGACUGCUAGGCUGAGGUAAAAGGAAAGCAGGAUCGGUCGGAUUAACAGGUUGCCUGUCACUAACCUCCAAAGAUCAAGUAAACAUCAAAAUAAGUUUCCUAAUCCAAGAUGCCUUUCAGAACAGGACUAGAAUUAACUGAAAUGCAGAAUAUGAAAGUCCCUGAAGAUGACAAUGUCAGCAAUGAUUCCAAUGAUUUCACAGAAGUUGAAAAUGGGCAGAUGAAUAGCAGAACUACCUUCAAGCAAGUGUAUGCAAGUCUGAAUGUAAAGUCGUAUGUUGCAAAGAAUGUUCCUUCAGACAGCAAGUUUAUUGCAGAUCGUGAGAGCAGAAGAAGCCUAACCAAUAGCCAUUUGGAAAAGAAGAAAUGUGAUGAAUAUAUUCCAGGCACAACGUCUCUGGGCAUGUCUGUCUUCAACCUUAGCAAUGCCAUCAUGGGCAGCGGAAUUUUGGGCCUUGCCUUUGCGUUAGCUAACACAGGAAUUCUACUCUUUUUGAUGCUUCUGAUUUCAGUGACACUUCUGUCUAUUUAUUCAAUAAAUCUCCUCUUAAUAUGUGCAAAGGAAACAGGCUGUAUGGUUUACGAGAAACUUGGUGAGCAAGUCUUUGGCACUCCAGGAAAGAUUAUUGUUUUUGGAUCUACAUCUCUUCAGAACACUGGAGCAAUGCUGAGCUAUCUCUUCAUAGUUAAAAAUGAACUACCUGCAGCCAUAAAGUUCCUUAUGGGAGAAGAAGAAACAUUUUCGGCCUGGUAUGUGGAUGGGCGAGUUCUUGUCGUAACUGUGACAUUCUGUAUAAUCCUUCCUUUAUGUCUUCUUAAAAAUUUAGGGUAUCUUGGCUACACUAGUGGAUUUUCCCUGACUUGCAUGGUGUUUUUUCUCAUAGUGGUUAUCUACAAGAAAUUUCAACUUCCCUGUCCUCUUCAGGACACAAGUGCAAAUACAACAGAUUCCACAAUUUCAAACUCUAGCUUAGCCUAUAAAGAUAUGUGCACGCCCAAGUAUGUGACCAUUAAUUCUAAGACUGUGUAUGCAUUACCUACCAUUGCCUUUGCAUUUGUGUGCCACCCCUCCGUCCUUCCAAUCUACAGUGAACUUAAAGAUCGUUCCCAGAAAAAAAUGCAGUUGGUUUCAAAAAUCUCUUUCUUUGCCAUGUUUGUCAUGUACUUCUUGACUGCAAUUUUUGGCUAUUUAACAUUUUAUGAAAAUGUACAGUCAGAUCUGCUUCACAAGUAUCAAAGUAAAGAUGACAUCCUCGUCUUAACAGUUCGUGUCGCCGUCAUUGUCGCAGUCAUACUCACAGUCCCGGUGUUGUUUUUCACUGUGCGCUCUUCUAUAUUUGAGCUCGCUAGAAAAACCAAAUUUAAUCUGUGCCGUCACGUUGUGAUUACGUUGAUCCUUUUGAUGAUCAUUAACCUGUUAGUUAUUUUCAUACCUUCCAUGAAGGAUAUUUUUGGAGUUGUAGGAGUAACUUCUGCCAACAUGCUCAUAUUUAUCCUGCCGUCAUCCCUGUAUUUAAAAAUCACCCACCAGGAUGGAUCAAUACAAGUACAGCGGAUUUGGGCAUCACUAUUUUUGGCUUUAGGAAUAUUGUUUUCCCUUGUGAGCAUUCCUCUUGUCAUCUAUGACUGGGUACAUUCAGGCGACACUGCUUGAAGGCCACUGAGUCACUGAGAACAACAUGAUUCCACUUUGCUACUCACCAAAAUCAUCCUCAGCUCAUUUUGUCAAUAUGUCCCAAUCUUCAUGCAUUUCUACAUCAAACUGAACAAAUGAAAUACCAGUAGGAUGUGUUUUCCUGUAGGAGAGAGCUGUUUACUGUAAUUCUUUUUACAUGCUACUUUCCAUGUUCUCAAAAGCUACUGGAUCAGUAUUAAGUUUAAGAUAAUGGUCAGCCAAUAGAGUUCUCUUUAACAAUAGGCAUUUUGUGUGUUGUAGUUAACACUACAAUAGCAGAGAGGGACCCUACUUAGAUCAUGUGCUUGCAAGUCAAUGGCUGAAAUCCUGUUCAAGUUGGCAUAACAUAAAGUUACACUGGCGGAAGUGUGCAGGAGUUACACCCAGGCAGCCAGCAUUGGGCAAUUUGAUUU